CAAAGCUCCCCGAGACAAGUUGCUAUUGAAGUUCCUCAGUGUGCAGAUUGCAGAAAGCCCGGUAGGCGCAGGCUGUAAUUGGAGGGUAAAAUGGCGCUGAGUUCUCAAGGAACAAAGAAGAAAGUUUGCUAUUAUUAUGACGGGGAUGUUGGGAAUUACUACUAUGGCCAGGGUCAUCCCAUGAAACCCCACAGAAUCCGCAUGACCCACAACCUCCUGCUCAACUAUGGGCUGUAUAGGAAAAUGGAAAUUUAUCGGCCUCAUAAAGCCAAUGCUGAAGAAAUGACCAAGUAUCACAGUGACGAUUACAUCAAGUUCCUCUUUUCCAUCCGCCCAGACAACAUGUCUGAGUACAGCAAGCAGAUGCAGAGAUUUAACGUAGGGGAGGAUUGUCCUGUCUUUGACGGCUUAUUUGAGUUCUGUCAGCUCUCAACAGGUGGAUCUGUUGCUGGGGCUGUGAAACUCAACAAACAGCAGACAGACAUUGCCAUUAACUGGGCAGGAGGCCUUCAUCAUGCCAAGAAAUCUGAGGCGUCUGGAUUCUGCUAUGUCAACGACAUCGUACUCGCCAUUCUGGAGCUGCUCAAGUACCAUCAAAGAGUGCUUUACAUCGACAUUGACAUUCAUCACGGGGAUGGAGUUGAGGAAGCUUUCUACACAACAGACCGUGUCAUGACUGUGUCCUUCCACAAGUAUGGAGAGUAUUUCCCUGGUACUGGAGACCUCAGAGAUAUUGGUGCAGGGAAGGGAAAAUACUAUGCAGUGAAUUACCCACUGAGAGAUGGUAUAGAUGAUGAGUCCUAUGAAGCCAUAUUCAAACCUAUCAUGGCCAAAGUGAUGGAGAUGUACCAGCCCAGUGCUGUGGUGCUCCAGUGUGGCGCUGACUCUCUGUCUGGAGAUAGAUUGGGCUGCUUUAACCUCACCAUCAAAGGUCAUGCUAAGUGUGUGGAGUACAUGAAGAGCUUUAACCUGCCCCUGCUCAUGCUGGGAGGUGGAGGCUACACCAUCAGGAACGUGGCCCGCUGCUGGACCUAUGAGACGGCUGUAGCGCUGGACAGCACUAUUCCCAACGAGCUCCCGUACAAUGACUACUUUGAGUAUUUUGGACCUGAUUUCAAGCUUCACAUUAGCCCCUCCAACAUGACCAAUCAGAAUACAAAUGACUAUCUAGAAAAGAUCAAACAGCGUCUGUUUGAGAAUCUGCGGAUGUUGCCUCAUGCCCCAGGGGUUCAGAUGCAGGCGAUCCCAGAGGAUGCUGUUCAGGAAGACAGCGGAGAUGAGGACGACGACCCUGACAAACGCAUCUCCAUCCGUGCCCAUGACAAGCGGAUAGCCUGCGAUGAGGAGUUCUCAGACUCCGAGGACGAAGGACAGGGCGGCCGGAGAAAUGCAGCUAAUUACAAAAAGCCUAAGCGAGUGAAGACUGAAGAAGAGAAGGAUGGAGAAGAGAAGAAAGGUGAGCCAACAGAUGUUAAAGAAGAAGAGAAAGCUUCAGAAGAAAAAAUGGACACAAAGGGGCCAAAAGAAGAGCUAAAAACAGUCUGAGGAAAGGACAUGUGGUCCUCACGGAUGCAUGAACUUCUUGUCAAAUUUCAAACCCACAUUCACAUGCUAGAUGUUAGCUCUAGUCCUGAGCUAAGGACUGUAAAUUAUUUUGUAAAACUCGUUUUACUAUUUGUAAUCUAAUGAAGCGGUAUAAAAGUUUUUACAUUUACAAGUGUGAAAUGACAUGUUUAGUUCUUUUUUUUU